ACUCUUCCUGUCCUUCUAUCCCCUCUCCUUUCCUCUUCUCACUUCCUCUUUCUUCACUUACCCCUCUAGCUAUGCAUCGUAUGUAGGUUUUCAGGGCGGGGCCCAGCCUGUGUUCUUCGGUAGUACCUGUAUGGCGAGGAAGCUGUGCCAUGAGCUGCUGCACACCCUGGGCCUGCACCACAAACACACACGGUUGGACCGUGACCGCUACGUCACCAUACAGUGGGAGAGCGUGGUCCCAGGAAAAGAGAAGAACUUCCAAGUGAAGAAAGGAGACCCUCAGAACUUGCCCUAUGACUACAAUUCCAUCAUGCAAUAUGGACCGAAUUUCUUCUCAGCAGACUGGAACCCCACCAUUGUCCCCAAGAAGAGUGGAGUCCAUAUGGGACAGAGAACUGACCUGCGGUCCCUGAACAUAACACGCCUAAAUUAACUCUACCACUGUGGUUAAUACACACACACAGGCAAAAUAUCAGAAUUGGGCUGCCUGUGUAAACGCAGCCAUUAUAUCACACUGUAUUCUCACCAUGUUCCUGUCCUGUCUUUCCCAGAAGAAACAACGCACUGAUGACGAUUCCAGGUCGAACAACACCGAUGUCAACUGAAGUUUCCCACCCAAAUAGCAUCGGCAUCUCACUUCUCUUCCCAAUGAAUGAGUUGGACAACAAGUGCCUCAAAUCUUUCAGAUGAUUAUUAUGUACUCUGUCGUCUGUCUGUCUGGCUGCAGGCAGUAGCAGUUGCUGUCUUC